AGAUGUUCCCUUUAAAUCCCUGACUGAGACUCCACAGAUACAAGAGCAGUUGGAGAUGUGCAAAGAUUUCUUUCUGAAGGGCAACAACAGUGAAUUGUGCUCCUUCAUGAAUUCAACCUUAGUGAAUUUGGAGACCAUGUGUGCCCAGAAUAAAACAGUAUCGCUGAAGGAUUUUGCUCAACCCUUUGGUUCCUUCCUGAAUGGCGUCACUCUCAGUGCUGGUGGGAAUGACAGGAAGAGGGAGGUGGACUCUGCCGUGACGUUCGUUCUGCAGAUUGUGGAAUUGGCUGCACUGACGGCUGCUUUGAAGAAUGGGAACCAGACUGUGACAACAGAGUCUAUGGCUAUCGAGACGCUCCUCGUUGUCCCGGCUGCAGGUCCCUGUGAUGAGGUCUUCAGACUGAGAGCUCUGAAUGAGACAAUGGACAUUCACUGCGAUACGGUCACCAAAGCAGCCACAGAAGAUUCUUGGGCUGUUGCUUUUAUUUCUUACUUCACCCUGGACUCCAUCAUUGACAAGAGAUUUCUCAACGAGGGAGAUCUAAUGGCUGAUGAGAAAUUGAGGAAUUGUCACCUGAAUUCCAGGGUGGUGAGUGGGGCUGUCGGAGAUGGGAGGCUCAUGAACCUCUCCAAACCUGUGAACUUCACCCUGCGCCAUAGACAGGCAAAGAAAGAAGAGGAAGAGGCUCUCUGCGUUCACUGGAAAUUCAUCGCUGGGAGAGGCUUCUGGGCUGAGGAUGGCUGCACCGUUCUCCACACGAACAGCACUCACACCAUCUGCAGCUGUGACCAUCUCUCCAGCUUUGCGCUUCUUAUGGGUCACACCGAAGUGGAGGUAUCUCACUGUCAGACUCAGAUCAAAGGGCUGAACUCUGAGCUCCUGACCUAGGCAAAAUCAGUGGGAAUUUUGCCUGAAUG